CCUUCGCUAAUUGGUGGCACUGCAAAGAAGUCGCGCUUUGAUUGGGCCGCUGUCAGGUGUCGCUGCCGGCAGGUUCGGCUGCGCGAGCUGAGGGAGGCGGGAUGGAACUUCGUCAUGUCAUUGCAAUUAUUUGUCAUGGGGAUCGUACUCCCAAGCAGAAGAUGAAGAUGGAAGUGAAACACCCAAGGUUUUUUGCUCUGUUUGAAAAACAUGGUGGCUACAAGACAGGGAAAUUAAAACUCAAGCGACCUGAGCAGCUCCAGGAGGUGCUGGAUAUCACAAGGCUGUUGUUGGCUGAACUGGAGAAAGAACCAGGUGGUGAGAUCGAGGAGAAGACUGGAAAACUAGAGCAGCUGAAGUCUGUAUUGGAGAUGUAUGGUCACUUCUCAGGUAUAAACCGGAAGGUACAAUUGACUUACUACCCUCAUGGAGUAAAAGCGUCUAAUGAGGGGCAAGAUCCACAGAGUGAGGCUCUGGCCUCAUCCCUGUUGCUGGUGCUGAAGUGGAAUGGAGAACUGACUCUAGCUGGCCCUGUUCAGACUGAGAAGCUGGGGCGAGCUUUUCGCUGCAUGUACCCUGGAGGACAGGGUGACUAUGCUGGCUUCCCUGGUUGUGGACUGCUUCAUCUCCAUAGCACUUUCCGCCACGACCUCAAGAUCUAUGCCUCUGAUGAGGGUCGUGUUCAGAUGACUGCUGCUGCCUUCGCCAAGGGCCUUCUGGCUGUAGAAGAGGAGCUGACACCCAUUUUAGUGUAAAUGGUGAAGAGUGCCAACAUGAAUGGGCUACUGGACAGCGAUGGGGAUUCCUUGAGCAGCUGCCAGCACCGGGUGAAGGCUCAGCUGCACCAUAUUUUACAGCAGGAUGCGCCCUUUGGCCCUGAGGACUACGACCAGCUGGCUCCCACCAGAAGUAUUUCCCUGCUCAACUCCAUGACUAUCAUCCAGAAUCCUGUGAAGGUCUGUGAUCAGGUAUUUGCCCUGAUCGAAAACCUCACCCACCAGAUCCGGGAACGAAUGCAGGACCCCAGGUCUGUAGACCUGCAGCUCUACCACAGUGAGACACUAGAGCUAAUGCUACAGCGUUGGAGCAAGCUGGAGCGUGACUUUCGACAGAAGAGUGGGAGCUAUGAUAUCAGUAAGAUCCCUGACAUCUAUGACUGUGUCAAGUAUGAUGUGCAGCACAAUGGGAGUCUGGGACUUCAAGGCACAGCCGAGUUGCUCUGUCUCUCUAAGGCAAUGGCUGAUAUGGUCAUUCCCCAGGAGUACGGGAUCAGCCGGGAGGAGAAACUGGAAAUUGCUGUGGGCUUCUGUCUUCCACUGUUGCGGAAGAUACUGCUUGACCUGCAGAGAACCCACGAGGAUGAGUCUGUCAACAAGCUGCAUCCCCUGUACUCUCGAGGCGUGCUCUCCCCAGGUCGCCACGUUCGAACACGUCUCUGUUUCACCAGUGAGAGCCACGUCCACUCCCUACUCAGUGUCUUCCGUUAUGGAGGACUUCUUGAUGAGACCCAGGAUGCACAAUGGCAGCGAGCUUUGGAUUAUCUUAGUGCCAUCUCAGAGCUUAACUACAUGGCCCAGAUUGUCAUCAUGCUUUAUGAGGACAACACACAGGUCAUGAACAUGCAGUGCACGGGGAACCUGGACCUCAUCCCCUCUCGGGGACGGUGCUGCAGGAGGUCGGGAGACCUCCCCUGGCCUUCCCCAGCCAUCGGCCUACAGCCCUGGGCUGUGUCCACCACUCACCUGGCAUCCUGCACACAGGUACUUUCUGAGACUUCAUCCUCAAGGCCUGGUGGCUACCGGCUCUUUUCAUCUUCACGGCCACCCACAGAAAUGAAGCAGAGUGGCUUAGAGCCUGUUUGAACAUGAAAGGUGGAGGAAGUUGCUGUAUAGAGGAGAGGUCCUGAAUUCCUGGGUCGGAAUCAUCAGCCAUCUGAACUUCCUGAUUGCUCUGGUGACCCCGAAAUCCUGGGACCCCUGAAACCAUGGUCCCUUCUUGGUGGCCUCAAGGGAAUUGAACUCCUUUCCACUCCAUCCAUAGGGAAACCCUAUGAAUGUUAAGUCACAAGCCAAAUCCAGGGUCUUGGCUAAGAUGGAUUUGGAAAUAGGGAGGCAAAUCCUGAGAACUUGGGUGUCAGUCUUGUUUCCUCUUGACCACUCUGUCCUUAUAGGCUGUAGUAGGAGAAGGGACCGUGGAGUCCUAACCCUCCUCUAGAUCAAAUGUUGGAGACAGUGACUGGUCUGAUUUAUUCCAUACUUCAGAGAUUAUUCAAAUUUUAUUUAAUCCUCUCAUUGGCAAUGGAGUUCUCUUUGCUUUCUUUGAAUUUAUAUGUGUGGGCAACUGGCUUUGAGCAUAGGCUUAUGAGAUAAUACACUUUUGAGAGCAGAAAAAACA